AUGAGUCGUGAAGAAUAUCCCAAAGAAAUUCAAGAAGCGCUCGAUCGCUUCCAACGCGAUUUUAAGAAAGUUGGAUAUGCUUGCGCACACGGGGAGAUAUAUAUUAAUAAUAUGAUUUCAGAAUAUGGCUGGGAGACCGUAAAUGAAGAGGGCGAAUGGGUUAAUGGAAAAGGAAAAGAUGGAGGAUGGAAAACAUACUCCAAGCGUAUGUGGUUCAAUUUGCCAGGGAAAGGGUUGUACUCUCAAGAAGAGAUCAAGUUGAUGUUCCCACACUAG